CACGCCACACCAGACUGAUAGCCGCCGACAACCAUAACAAAGACCUUGACAAAGCGAUAACUGUUUAUAAUUCGGCCUACUGCCCUUGAGCUUUCGGGCUCGCCCGUUGUUACUCAUUUUCAUAAACGAAACUUCACAAAUCGUGGGGCAUACUGUGACUGGACGGCACCAUGAGCAGUUUGGCUCUCAAGCUCCUCGAGAGGAGGGCUUUCGGCAAGCUCCAAAGUGAGAAGAGGAGCACUAACUCAGAUAACCCAUACGAACACAGAGUACCUGUCUUUAAGAAUGGCAAAUGUGUCGGCCACAAAACCGAAAAGAGACCGAUCCCAGAGGGCCUGUCUCGCAACGACGUAAAGAUCUUGAAGAAGGUCCGCAAGAGGGCUUACCGGUGGGACAUGGGCUUCUCCUGCUGCUGCUUGGGUUUCCGGUUCGGCUGGUCAUCCAUUAUUGGCCUCUUCCCUGUCAUCGGAGACUUUGCCGACCUUUUCAUGGCGUUGGCCCUCAUUAAGAAGGCUUCCAAGGUCGACGGCGGGCUGCCGAAAAGACUAUACAGCAUGAUGUUCACCAACAUCAUGAUCGACUUCGCUCUUGGCUUCAUCCCCGUCCUCGGCGACAUCGUCGACGUGUUCUACCGCGCCAAUACUCGCAAUGCUUGGCUGCUCGACGCUUAUCUCACAGAGAAGGCUAAGGCACUCAGGGAGGGUGUGAUCACGGAUCCGGACGGAGGGUCGAAGGUCCGGGUGCCGUCCGAGCUGCAAGUCGCCCCUGGAGAUCGGGAUCUCGAAGAGGGUAUCGGACCGGUGGCGGUGGCGGAACCGACACCGGUUCCACCCGCCGUGACACCAGCCCGGACACCGGCUCCGGUGGGGACAAUGGCGCCUCCUUCGAGGGCACCGGCUCCCGGUCGGAGCCUGACCGGUCAAAGGACGCCUGGUCCUGGUCUCCCAGGUCGGCAGAUCAAGGACCCGAGAGACCGGAAAGGGUAGCGGUUGCUCAGUGGCGAGGAAAGUGUGUUGGGCGGCCCAGCACGUUAGAUACAUGAUCGUGGGGUAGUAGAUUAGUAGAAUUG